UUCCUCGUUCGUCAUUUCUGCACCAGCAGCUCGAUCUUUAACCACAAAUUGCACACCGCAGAUCAGAAUGCAAUCCUUCCUCAACGGCGCUGAUUGCGGCCCCUCCAACCCUCUUAAACAGGUCGCUCAAAGGGAAGCUGCGGAUCACUCUCUUUUCAAGGAUCGCCUUGUACCCCAAUCAUCUACGCAAUUGAAUACGUUCCGGUCUUCCCCAUCAUUUAACCCGCAAGGUCAAGCACCAAUCGCACGACAUGCCAAUCCCACCCCACACCCAUUCAAUCUCUCUCAUUUGUCAGCUGCUUUAGCAGAAUCCAGUCGGAGCGGCAGUGCUUCUCCAAUGCCUGCAGCUUCGCAUUUGCCAUUGGGAUCUAGCUUUGAGGCUGGAUGGAAUGAAGCGAUGUCCAAUGGGCUCAAGUCCCCUCCUUUUAUAACUCAGGCUCCGUCUCGGGCUCCAGUUCAAUGGGUCCCACCACCGUCCCAAGAGAGUAACUGGAUCAACGGAUAUGAAGAAUGGCAGUCUUCACAAGAGAAGGGGAAACAGAGGGCUAUCGGGUCUGGCCAUCAAAUGGCCCACAAUCCUCCGUACUCCAGCGACAUGCCGAGCGCUUCCAUGGGCAUGAGCCAAGGCAUGGGCAUCAAUUAUCAGCCGUCUUUCUCCCGGAUGUACGGCCAAAAUCUUCAGCGACCACCGGCUUCUUCUCUCUCCCCCGAGGUCCAAUUAGACCCAAAGCAGAUGGAAGCCCUUUUUGCUCGAGCUGAAGAAGAUUGGAAAGCUACCGAUGCAGCGACAUCUCAGACAGCGGAACAGAUGGAUGCGAAAGGGAAGGGAAAGGAAAGGGAGAUGCCAGCAGCUGAAGAAACGGUGGAGGAAACUACUGUAGAUAAUGCAGAGGAAAUCAAGGAGGCUAAGGGCGAUUUCGAAAAAGUUUGGGAAAGCUUGAAGCCAGAAGCAGAGCGACUAAAUAAACUGGCAGAAUGGGAAAGGGACUUCUCUCAGUUCACGAAUGAUGAGGAUGAUCUUUUCGACGUUUUGAAUGAGAGCCUAAACCAACCUGAUGUCGGUCAAGCGAGUCUUGAUCAACAAACCGAUUUCCUUCAAGACGAACGGUUAGCGAUGGGACAAGGCUUAGCUGCAAGAGACGACGGCAUACCUCUGAUAGGAAGUUAUGAUUUCAGUUCCCCUUCGCAACACCUGGCGUCGCUUUCUGCUUCCUACCUUUGGACUGAAGCCAAUCACCUUUUGGCAUCCGGAGGCUCUCUGUCGGAAGCUGCUAUUAUGAUUGAGCAAUUCAUUACGCGUUCAACGCCGCAGGAAAGGAUCCAAAUCAACGUAUCGCUGACCGAAGCAUGGGCAACAUUGGGUAGGGUCCAUGCAAUGGAUGAAAAAGAAGAAAAGGCUCUUGAAGCGUUCCAAGCGGGUAGCAAGGCUUUGGAGCAGGAAGGAAUCACAGGAAAGGAGGGUGUUGCCGGCGAGAUGCUCACAAACCUCGCGAUAUCAUAUGUCAAUGAAUCCCUUGAUCUGGCCGCCUUGUCAACUCUGCAUAGAUUCCUGAGUCUCACACAUCCAGCGUAUGCCGGCCCUGCCCCUACGACGUCUUCACCGCUUCUUACCUCCUCCACUGCCUCACCUUGGGCUCUUCAUCAGCAAAUGGCGGAUUCUUUCCUCGCGCUAGCAAGGGAACAGUAUCAAAAAGGCGAAAAAGUCGACCCAGAUGUUCAAGUCGGACUAGGAACAUUGUUUUACAUGAUGGGGGAAUAUGACCAAGCUAGAGACUGUUGGGUGGCGGCCUUAAAGGAACGUCCUGAAGAUUACCUCCUUUGGAAUCGCCUUGGUGCGACACUGGCCAAUGGUGGAUCAUCCGAGGAAGCGGUCGAUGCUUAUCGUCGUGCACUCGAAUUGAAGCCUGGAUUCACAAGGGCGAUUUCCAAUCUCGGAGUUGCCUGUCUUAAUAUUGGAGUACAUCGUGAAGCUGCCGAACACUUCCUCGCCGCUUUAUCUCUUCAUUCGUCUCAGACCGAGGGGCACAGCCAGCAGAUUUCUAAUGACUCUGCUGCCCUUUGGGGUACUUUGCGCAAGUCCCUUAUCGCCAUGGACUUGCCUGAUCUGGCAGCUAAAGCGAGGCCCGGUACCAAUCUGGAGGUGUUCAGAGCAGCUGGUUUUGAUUUUUGAUAUUAGAGUCGUAUGGACGAUUCGGAUGAUUAAAGGGAGUGAUCUGUGUUGCAUGAGAUUUGGAAGAUGUGUUAGUCAUAUAGCUUGUGGCUUGUAGGUCGAUAUCAGCUUGUUGUGAUAAUGAUUUACAGUUGUAAAAUGUCAUUGAUUGCUGCCAAUUAUGUUUGUUCACUGCGUCCGGGCCGAUUUGGUGUUGCCUCUGGAGGAGAUCCCGUCUUCGGGUCAUAUGAGAUAAAAAGGCU